AUGCCUAUGAAAGGAAGGUUUCCCAUCAGGAGGACCAUUGAGUAUCUCACGAAGGGAGACAUUAUCUUCAAAAACAGAGUAAAGAUAAUGACGGUGAAUUACAACACAAGCGGAGAACUCAGCGACGGAGCAAGGAAGUUUGUGUUCUUCAAUAUUCCACAAAUUCAGUACAAAAACCCUUGGGUCCAAAUUAUGAUGUUUAAAAACAUGACACCGUCCCCGUUCUUGAAGUUCUACCUGGAUGACGGGGAGCAGGUGCUGGUGGACGUGGAGGGGAAGGACCACAAAAACAUUGCAGAACGCGUUAAGAAAAUCCUGGGCAAAUCAGAAGAAGUUUUACAAGCUGAGGCUCAGGCCAAGAUGCAGGCCUCCAACCCUGCCAACUUUGGACCGAAGAAGUACUGUCUGAGGGAGUGCAUCUGUGAGGUGGAGGGCCAGGUGCCGUGUCCCGGCACCACGCCGCUGCCUAAGGAGAUGACCGGCAAAUACCGGGCCCGCAUGGCCGAGUCACAAGACUGA